CUCACUCAACCUCCAGUGGCCACUGAACAUCAACGUUCAAUCAUGAAGAUUCUGGUGAUUGUGCUCUUGGCGGCUGCCGCUUGCGCUACUGAAAUUGAGAAGCGAGAGGCGGAGCCUGGUUAUGGAAGUUAUGGCCAUGUGACUCACGAUCAGCGUCCUUCUUAUGGCUAUUCUCAUCACUAUCACAAGAGAUCUGCUGAUCCUGAACCUGAAGCUGAACCUUCCUAUGGCUAUGGUAACUCCUAUGGGUACCGCAGCUACCGGCCAGUAAGCUACGGCCAUUCUCAUCACUAUCACAAGAGAUCUGCUGAUCCUGAACCUGAAGCUGAACCUUCCUAUGGCUAUGGUAACUCCUAUGGGUACCGCAGCUACCGGCCAGUAAGCUACGGCCAUUCUCAUCACUAUCACAAGAGAUCUGCUGAUCCUGAACCUGAAGCUGAACCUUCCUAUGGCUAUGGUAACUCCUAUGGGUACCGCAGCUACCGGCCAGUAAGCUAUGGCCAUUCUCAUCACUAUCACAAGAGAUCUGCUGAUCCUGAACCUGAAGCUGAACCUUCCUAUGGCUAUGGUAACUCCUAUGGGUACCGCAGUUACCGCCCAGUGAGCUAUGGCUAUUCUCAUCACUAUCACAAGAGAUCUGCUGAUCCUGAACCUUCUUAUGGCUACAGCCGAGGAUAUUCUGCUCCAGUCUACCACAGGCCAUCUUAUGGUUACAGCUAUGGUGGAUACCAUUAAGCUACCAAGCACACUCACUAUGAAUCAUAGAAUGUUGAUUAAUGAGUGAUUCAUAUCGUAAAUAAAAUAUAUAUUAUGCAA